CAUAUAUAUGUGUUCCAUUCCACCAACAACAUUGAAACCAAAAGAAGCUAACAAAGCAUAAUGUUGGUCAAAGCUUCAGAGGAAGCCAUGGCUGUGAGAGAGAUAGAAGAUGGUGUUGAUUCUAAUAAUUCAAGAGAAAUUAAUAGUAUUCAUUUGAAACAACAACACUUUGUGCUAGUACAUGGCAUAGGUGGUGGAGGUUGGUGCUGGUACAAAAUUAAGUGCCUUAUGGAGAAUUCUGGGUACAAAGUCUCAUGCAUAGACCUUAAAAGUAGUGGAAUUGAUCAAUCUGAUGCUGAUUCUAUUCUAACUUUUGAUGAUUAUAAUAAACCUGUUAUUGAUUUCAUGUCUGCUUUACCAGAUAAUGAACAGGUUAUAUUGGUUGGACACAGUGCAGGAGGGUUGAGUAUUACUCAGGCCUGUCACAAAUUUGCAAAUAAGGUUAGUUUAGCUGUGUAUGUGGCAGCAACAAUGCUGAAAUUUGGAUACUCAACCGAUGAAGAUCUUAAAGAUGGAGUACCUGACUUAUCGGAAUUUGGUGAUGUCUAUGAGCUGGGGUUUGGAUUAGGACAAGAUAAGCCUCCAACAAGUGCUUUGAUCAAGAAAGAGCUUCAACGCAAAAUCAUAUAUCCUUUGAGCCCUCAUGAGGAUUCAACCUUGGCUGCAAUGUUGUUGAGGCCAGGACCAUUAUUAGCAUUAACCAGGGCACAAUUCAUAGAGAAUGUUGAAGUGGAGAAGGUGCCCCGUGUGUACAUAAAGACAAGACAAGACAAUGUAGUAAAACCAAAGCAACAGGAAGCCAUGAUAAAUAGGUGGCCACCAGGUAGUGUGUAUGAAUUGGACAGUGACCAUAGUCCCUUCUUCUCUACCCCAUUUAUACUCUUUGGUUUGCUUGUUAAAGCUGCAACUUUUCACGUUGGAUGCAACUAGUUGAAGUCAACACAGUCACCAUUUUUUUUUUUUUUUUUUUGGCAUUCAGAAAUGAUUAUAACAACAGAAAUGAUUGGCAUUCAACUGAAAAGUAUGAGUAGUAAUUCACUGCUAUUCUUCUUUUAUCAUGUGAAGUUGUUGUAGAAUAAAAUGGGUGUGUCUAUUGGAUAGAUUUCUUAUGAAAAUCAUCAUCAUGGAUUUUUUUUUUUUUUUUUUUUUUUUUAAUAUUUAGAAGGAAUCUCAUUGUCCAUCUUAUAUAACUUUUAUUAAAGCCCCAAGAGAACAUUUCUUUUUCUAUUCGCCA